AUGACGUAUUACGCAAGUUACAGAUCCUGGCCUGGGGAAGGAAGGAAACGCAGCGGGCUUCAGGGUUUGCGGCUCAAAGCGGAAAAUAGCUGGAAUACUACAUUAUUUCCUUGUGUCUAUCCAGAGAAGCAGUAGAGCAUAUUUGUCUGAACGCGGACCUUCUUGAAUAUCUUUGAGAGUAUCUGGAGUCGUGGGAACUAUUUGAAUGCCCAGCACACAGUUAACACCGUGAGUGUAUCACCAUGAACAGGAAUAAGCGUGAGAAAGAGUAUUACAGUAUAGAUGUCGGAGAUUCCACCUUCACCGUCCUGAAGCGCUACCAGAAUUUAAGACCCAUUGGCUCUGGCGCACAAGGCAUUGUCUGCUCUGCAUAUGACCACAUCUUGGAGAGAAAUGUUGCUAUUAAGAAGCUCAGUCGACCCUUUCAAAACCAGACCCAUGCCAAACGGGCGUACCGAGAGCUGGUGCUCAUGAAGUGCGUCAACCACAAGAAUAUAAUUGGCCUCCUAAACGUUUUCACGCCACAGAAAACACUUGAAGAGUUUCAAGACGUUUACCUGGUCAUGGAGAUGAUGGAUGCUAACCUGUGCCAGGUGAUUCAGAUGGAGCUGGACCACGAGCGACUCUCCUAUCUGCUUUACCAGAUGCUCUGUGGCAUCAAACAUCUGCAUGCAGCUGGCAUUAUACACAGGGACCUGAAGCCAAGCAACAUUGUGGUGAAGUCAGAUUGUACGUUGAAGAUCCUGGAUUUUGGCUUGGCUCGCACAGCUGCCACCGGUCUCCUCAUGACCCCCUAUGUUGUGACACGUUACUACCGUGCACCAGAGGUCAUACUAGGCAUGGGCUACCAGGCCAAUGUGGAUAUAUGGGCUGUGGGCUGCAUAAUGGCAGAAAUGGUUCGCCACAAAAUCCUUUUCCCAGGAAGGGAUUAUAUUGACCAGUGGAAUAAGGUGAUCGAGCAGCUGGGCACACCGUCUCAGGAGUUCAUGAUGAAGCUGAACCAGUCUGUUAGGACCUAUGUGGAGAACAGACCCCGAUAUGCAGGGUACAGUUUCGAGAAGCUUUUCCCAGAUGUUCUCUUCCCUGCUGACUCAGACCACAACAAGCUCAAAGCGAGUCAGGCCCGAGACCUUUUGUCAAAAAUGCUGGUUAUAGACGCAUCCAAGCGGAUCUCUGUGGACGAGGCAUUACAGCAUCCCUACAUCAAUGUGUGGUAUGAUCCAAGCGAAGUCGAAGCGCCUCCACCGUUGAUCACAGACAAGCAGCUGGAUGAGAGGGAACACACUGUGGAUGAGUGGAAAGAGCUGAUAUAUAAAGAGGUGCUGGAUUGGGAGGAGCGCUCGAAAAAUGGUGUAAUCCGUGGACAACCGGCUUCAGUAGGUGCAGCAAUGACCAGCGGCUCCCAGCACAACUCCACGUCCUCCAUGUCCUCUGUGUCCACCGUCCUCGCGCUGUCCUCCGAGACAGAAAGCAGCUUGGAGACUGUGUUCUCUUCCUCCACCGGGCCAGUCGGCUGCUGCAGUUGACCAUCACCCUAUCCUUCUCGCCUCUGUGACGUUCCUCCAUCCGUUUUUCAGACUGACUAGUUUCUUUUCGGUCAGGGGAAAAAGUCUGAGUAAAGGUGGGAGUUUUUAAAAGGCACCUUAAGAAGCUUUGACACCAAACCAGCGUUACUUCGGUUGCUUUUUCUUUUCUUUUUUUUUUGUGUGUGGGGGGGGGGAUCGAUUUAGUGUCAGACUGAAGCUACCGCUACAUCUCCUCAAUGCCAUGUCAUUCAUCUGAGACAGUUCUAAAUUUAUAAUUGAAGAUCCUUUGAAUUUCAAGAUUGGUGUGAGUCAAGGUUCUGGAAGUUCAUCAGAUGUGUUAAAGACGUGGCUCUUUCGCUCUGCCCCUGUUUUACAGUGAAAUAUGACGCAUCCUGAAUGAAUUUCCAAAAUAUUUGUUUGACAUGCAGACAUUACUUCGGAGGCUUUCUCGCAUGGCUUAAUGCUGAGAUCAGGUCAUAAAGAGCGUUUAGUCAGUUUUUUCACCAUUUUACAAAAAAAAAAGAUUUAUAAUAGGCGUUUUAUCAUACUUAUUUUGUCCUUUUGCUCUCUUUUUCCUUUGGUUGAUUUUGCUACAGGAAUUUAUAGACUCAAUACACCAUUUUCUUUCACAUAUGUCUCGGUAUGUGAUACACACUGUACAGGUUUUUAAUGUUAAAAUCAAAAAGUAAAUUAAAGAUUAUUAUUAUUAUUAUUAUUAUUACUACUACUAUUGUUAUUAUUAUUGGUCUUUAGUGCUUUGUACAGCUCAGCCGUGGAGCGUUGCAAGGCCCUUGUGAGGUGACUGUGUAAGAUUUUGUUGUGGAUAUUUGACAUAUAAAACAUUUGUGAAUCCCUAUUUCCAAUGUCUCUCAGUGACCCAGUGCAUUCUGGGUAUUUUGUGUCAUUUGGACACUAUCUUUUGGCACUUUUUUUUUUGAGUGCACUGGGAACUUUCCAGUCAGUUUUUGGUUAACGCAGGAAAUACAGCUUGAUUUCAGUGGAAGGUGUUCUUUGAAUAUCAGUAUAGAUAAGAAGGUAUAUUUUGAAAUGAUUUAUGAAAAUAGUGGUGCAUUCUGUAAGACUGGAUAAAAAAAAGUGCUUUCACUCAGCUUUAAGCAUUCAUAUUGUGGCAUUGUUCAAUAUGUUACUAUGAAUAAUGUGUGAAGUUCAGCAUUAAUAAUCCAUAAGUAAUUAUUAUUGAAUUAUCAAGCACAGUAAUGACACUUGUGUUUAACUGAUGCAUUUUUUUUUAGUAAUAAAUGCAAUAUAAAACACCAUUACUGAGUAAAAUAAUGCCUACAGUAAUGUGGGCAACAUAAACAUCACCCUGAUUGAUCACUGGGAAAGCUGAACACCAGCAUUUACUAAGUUCUAAACAUGUAAUAACGGAACAGUAUGCUGACAAUUAUGGUUUGCUAAUUUUGAAUAAAGCUCUAAAUCGUUUUACUUACACAGUCUCUCCAGGAUUUUGUGAUCGCAGAAAUUAAUGCAAAAUCAAACAAACUCCACAAUGUUCAGAAGAGCUUUCAAUUUUUCAAAAUUGCUGUGGAAUUUCUACAGAUUUGGGCUAAGAUGCGUUGUGUGACAUCAUCACAACACAUAUUCAGCCAAAGCCCUCUUCAUAGAUGAGUACAGCUGUCAUAAAUUUACUUACAUACGUGUCUUCACUGGUUUUACUCUAAAAGAAGAAUCCUGUACUGGACAUUUUGACAAUUCGAAUAGUUUUCCUUAAAAAAGCACAAACAAAUUUUGAAUAAAGCCAUAGCAAAAUCAAGCAGCAAAAAAAA